AUAAAACACUAACACGAAAAGUUAUUGGGAAGUUUUUUUGAAAAGAUUUUGAAUAUAUGUAUAUUUCAUUGAAUAAAGUUUUAUAAAAAAGUUUAAAAGUAUAUAUAUAUAUGUGCUUUCUGUAAUGAAUAAUAUCACGAAAACAUAUAAAAAUAUACAUAUGCUAAUAGGCUGGCUGAACUCAAGUAUGUCACAUACAUUUUCACACACAUUCACACAUAAAUGAAUGCACAAACAUGUUUCUAUUCCUAUAUAUAUAUAUAUGUAUUUAUAAAAUGAACGAUAAAAAAACGUUGACUACAGUUCAGGUAACACUAUCCCACUUUUUUUUAAAAAAAAAUUCUGAUGUGAUUAUUUUUAUUUCAUGAAAGUGUCAUUUGAAAAGCAUUUUUACGCCUCCUCCUCAUCAUCAUCAUCUAUAAACUACAACGCUACAUUUUACUUCGCUUCUUCUUUUGCACCCUCAUAUAUCAUAGAAAAAAGAGGAGAGUAACAUUUAAAAUUAUUUCCGAAUGAAUUGAGAAACUAAUUAAUAAUUAAUCAACAUUUGAUUAGUUUUGUAAAUCUCCUGUUAAAAGAAUUACAAAUUAAACAAACAGACAUAUUAUGCAAUCAUCUACAUAGAUAUAUACAUACAUACAUACAUUCAUACAUAGACAUAUGCACAAUUAUCAAGACUAUUCAUCAAAUGAAUCCCCUUUAAGUCCACCAGUUGUUACACAGAUUACAUCAUCUAAUAUUGUUACACCAACACCACCAGCAGCAACAACAAUAACAACAGCAGUCACUGGGACUAUUAACACAUUAUCGAAAAGUAAAUUGGAUUUCAAUGUGUCAACCACUGCUACUACUACUACUACUAUUCCUGUGUCAGAUUUGUAUAAAAAUGAUUCAGUGACGGUGAAUUUUGUAGAGACUCGUGGAGAUACUACUCCUGUUACGCCUAUUGGAAAUAUUAGUAGUAGUGGUCAACAGACAAGUGAAUUCGCUAAAUCCUCUCUUAUUGGUAUAUCACCGAAAAUUUCUGAGUAUAUCUUAGCAAAACCGAAGCGGCCUUCAUUAAUCCGUAGAAAAGCGAAUAUUACAGAUACAGAUGCCUUCGAUGUGGUUAGUACAACUUUGGGAACAACAACAUCAACAACUACGACAAUUACUACGAAUAUUACAGGCAUUAGUAGUAGUGUUGGUGGUGGUGUUGUUGUUGGUGGUGGUGGUAGUGGGGGAAUUGAUUCAACUUUUCUAAUGACUAAAAAGACUAAUUCAACAGAAGAACAAAAUCAUGCCGUAUUAUCCCCCUCGACAACAUCAAUAUCCUCAUCCUCGUCAACAUCGAAAAAGAAUGAUCCAGGCAUUGAAUAUAGUAAUAAACUGAAAUCAUCAACACAACAAACAUGUCCACCGCUUCAACAGUGUCCUUCAUCCUCUGCAGUAUCUCCAUUAGGCUGUAGCCUACAACAUGAUUCAUUGGAUCAUUCACCUGGAAGUAAAAGUCGGGAGAAUAUCAACACUCCAUCUGUUCCUGUCACGAGCAGAAAUAAAUCCAAAGAGAAUGAAACCUCUUCAUCAAAUUUAAUCAAUAAAACUGUAGUGAAAUCUGCUUCAAUUUCACCAUCGAAAAAGCAUCGUUUAAAGCAUCAAAUCUCACAGCCAAUGAAUACACGGAAUCGUACCUCACGUAAAAUGAGUACAUCAUUAUAUUGUAAUUCAGAUACAAGUUUUUUAUCUAUGCUUGCAGCAAGUCGUCCAUCUGCAGCUAAAGGUUUAUUGGGUGUAGCAAGUGCAGCAUUAGCAGCAGCUAGAGCUGGUACCUUUUUAAAUACACCUGGAACUAGUGAAACGCUUAAUACAUCUAGUAAGCUGGAUAAUAAUGCAAGAAGUUCGCAUUCUGCUGAAAGAAGUCAACAACAACAACAACACACUUAUUGCCAUUAUCAUCAGUAUCAUCAUCCGGAUAACAGUCAUCAUCAAAUAGGAUGUGUAUAUUGUUCCAAUUGUCCACUGAAAUCAUCAUCUCUACAACACAGACAAACAUUAUCACCAUCAGAUAAAAUGAAUUGGUUAGGUGAACAGUUAUUGUUACACGGGUAUAAGACAAGACGAUUUUCUGAUCCCGACUUAAAUGUCACAGAUGAAUGCAUCGAUACAGCUUAUUUAAAAUUAUUAAUCUAUUUAACGCAUAAAUCUCCACAUAUCUUCGAAGAAGAUCCCUUGCAGUAUUACCCUGAACAAUUGUUACCUGAGAAUUAUAUCCAGAAUAAUCGUAAAACAUCUCUGCAUGAUGUAAUCCCAACAACUGGAAAACCUGUCAUCGGGUCAGAGAUACCAACUGAUGAAUUAACUAAUUUUAAUUCUGGAAUUUAUACAAGUUUAAUGGAUUUAAAUGCUGCAAAUUUUUUAUCACCAGGGAAUGAUUUAAGUGAAAUAAAUCAUUCAUAUUCUGAUUUCUUAGAGGCAAAAGAGCAUUCCAAUGUAUGCGCGUGUUGUCGACCAGGUAUAUCUAAUCAGGACUUGGAUAGUAAUACUACCACUAAUAAUAAUAAUCUACUAUCGACACAGUCUUAUCAACAUCCACAGCAUCAUUCCUCAUCACUUCAACAACACAAACCAGUUGGAUUGAAUAAAUAUGAAGUGAAAUCUGGUUUAUCUAAAGGUAACACUGCGAUGACAGUUCCUGUGAAUAAACCAAGACGUGCUGGACUCGAUGCAAUUGGAUUAGAUUUUAUGCGUGCCAAUGGUGCAAGACCAGGUUUAAUACAAUUAAGACAUGUGAAAGAGUUUAAAGCCGCUAAGGAACUAGAACAACAACAACAACAACAGCAACACCAACAACGGAAAGAAGAAGUUCAUGAGUCGAAGUCAAAAGUGAUGAAGCAUUCAAAUAUUGCUAAAAUUCCAAUCGGUUUAUUCCCUGCGAGUACAACAUCAACUAGCAGUGGUCCAAGUAGUGGUGCAACUGGUGUUAGUGGCCAAGGGAAUGUAAGUGGAGGUGUGUUUGGAACACAUUCAUCAUCAAGUCCAUUUCAUCAUCUUAUAUCUGGUGGUGUACUCGGUGCUACUGUAUUGACAUUAGCCGCUAAAGAUGGUCGUUCAACAACAAAAGAUGCCUUAAAACAAAAUCAACAACAUCAGCAACAACAACAACAAGCACAACCUCAAGCAUCAUUAAUUUCAGUGGAUAAGCCAAACAAACAAUUGAGUGUAGAGGAUGCUAAUAUAACUGUCAAAAUAUGUGAUCGUCAAAGAAAUCAUUAUAGCACUGAAGGCUUCUUAGGUGAAACAGAUCAAGACAGUAAUUUCACAGAUUUAACGCCUCAUACUUUAUCACCACAUCAGUGUGUUGACAGUCAUGAGGCUUUAGUGGAACUGGCUCAUCAGAAUAAACUUCACCUAUCAAAUGAAAUAAGUCAAACGCCUUCAGAGAUACAUGCAAAUAAACAUCUUCGACGUCUUGAUAAAUUACGCAAUAAAUUAGCCCGUUCUGCAACAGUGACUUCAUCAUCACCGACAAAAAAGCAUCCUCCUUAUCAGAUGACAAAUACUACUCAUCAGCAUGAAUCACAGACAAUUGGAUUACAAGAGACGCUGAGUGUACCAGGUUUGACAAGAGGAUGGACUGAUGACAGUGAUUAUACGGAUGACUAUAAUAUUUAUAAACGAAAUAACUCCACAGAGACAGAUGGUCGACCGCCUAGUCAUGACAGUAGUAGUAUGUCAUUGCAUACACAUUCUGCUGUUCUCUAUACUGAUUCUGGAUUAAAACAAACCGAUUCAUUGAUUCAAACCAAUCGAGGCUCCAGUUUUAAACUACCGAAUACUGAGAUAAAUUCAUUUUCAAAACAAUCAAGUCUAGAAAAGAAUGAUACAAAGGCUGUACAAUACAAUAAUAAUUCAUUAAAAAAUGAACAACGUGCAAAUAGUGUGACAAAUUAUUUAAAUAUUUUUCAAAAUUCUGCUUGUCAAACAAGAUUAAAACGAUUAAGGGAUAAUUUUGAAAAGAGUAGAAGUUCCACGUAUACCUGGAGACCAACAUGGACUAUGGGUGAGUUGUUGGAGAAUAGAACAGAUGAAGAACAACCAUUAAUGGUUACCCGGAUAUCUGGUAGUGAUUCUAGGGUAUUUCAUACCUCUGAACCAUUGAAUACUACAGCGGAGAAAAAAACGAUUACAAAACCGACACCGACACCAACAUCAAUCCCGAUGUCGAUUACACCACUGACACAAACAUCAUUUGAAGCGAAUGAAAAUGUCAGUAAUCAGAUAGUCGACGUGUGUUUAGUUAAAAAACAGGAGAGAUAUUCACCGAAUGUAACAAUAGAAAAAGCUCCUAGUGAGAAAGAUGAAGACGAAGUACAGAAAAGAUCAUUGGAAGCACCGUUAAUCAGUGUCGACUCAGAGCUGGAGGAUACAAACGAUGACAGUGAACCGAAUAUUAUGCAACGUCGACGUGAUGCUAUGAAUAAUCAACAUCAACAGAGAACAAUAAAAAAUGUUGGCUAUCGAUUAGGCAAACGUAAACGUCUCUUUGAAAAACGCUGUCGAAUAUCUGAUUUCUCAUUAAGUUUUGCUGUAUUCGGUAUAUUGGUUAUGCUAAUUGAAACAGAGUUCACAUUUGCCGGAGUCUAUGAAAAGGAUUCCAUCUAUUCAUUUAUUACAAAGUUAUGCAUAUCAAUAUCAACCUGCAUUCUACUGGGUCUAAUUCUCGCUUAUCAUGUUUAUGUGAUCAAGAUAUUUUCUUGUGAUGAUUCUAUUGAAGACUGGCGAAUGGCAGUCGAUUAUAAUCGUGUAUUUCAAAUGACUCUUGAAGUACUCAUCUGUAUAAUACAUCCAUUCCCCGGAUCAUAUCUUAUCCAAUUUCCUAUAUCGUCUUCCUUCGUCGGUCCAGGCACGGAAAUCUACUCACCACUUUAUCAUAAUUCACAAUCUGUAAAAUCUAUGAAUAUCGACAGUGGAACACCGACAGUGGCGUCUGUAGCAUCCACAGUAUCAGGUGGAUCAAUGACAACUACACAACAACUACUGUCUAAAAUGAGCAUAAAUAAAACGUAUAUGCAUAAACCAUCAACUACUCUAGCCUCUAUGCCUAGUAUUCAACCGUUUACAUCGCAUACCUCAGUGGAUCGUAUACAUGGAGGUCCAGUUAAAAUGGUGUCUAUUGAUCUGAUUCUAUCAGUUCCAAUGUUUUUUAGAUUAUAUCUACUAUUUCGUGUUAUGCUGUUACAUUCGAAAUUGUUUACAGACGCUGGAUCACGUAGUAUUGGUGCAAUGAAUAAAGUGAAUUUUGAUACAAAAUUUAUUUUUAAAACACUGAUGACAAUGUGCCCUGGCAAACUUCUUCUGGGUUUUAUUUUAUGCCUAUGGAUUGUUUAUUCAUGGACGUUAAGAGCAUGUGAAAGUUUUUAUGAUACAGAAAAUGGGAAUUUACUCAAUUCAAUGUGGUUAAUAGCUGUAACAUUUUUGAGUAUUGGUUACGGUGAUAUUGUACCGCAUACAUAUUGUGGUCGAGUUAUCGCUUUAGCAACUGGUGUCAUGGGUUCUGGUUGUACAGCGCUUGUGGUAGCUGUAUUUGCAAGAAAAUUGGAAUUAUCCAAAGCUGAAAAGCAUGUGAUUCAUUUUAUGAUGGAGAAUCAGUUAAAUAAAAAGGUGAAAAAUUAUGCAGCUAAUGUACUUCGAGAAACAUGGCUUAUUUACAAAUAUACAAAGCUUGUUAAACGUGUAGAUGCUUCAAAAGUGAGAACACAUCAGCGUAAAUUUCUGAGAGCGAUUCACGGUCUUAGACGGAUGAAAAUGGAUCAGAGGAAAGUGCAGGAUUCAGCGAAUACUUUGGUCGAUUUGGCUAAGACAUUCCAUACAGGUUUGGUACCUCGACCGUCUGCUUAUAUGUCAGUACCACAGGAGUUAUAUCGUGAGACACAAACAAAUAUUUAUGAAAUUGUUACUGACUUACGAAUGGAACAAGGGUGUUUACAACAUCGAAUGGAGAACUUAGAAACAUCUUUGAUAAAAGUACAGGAACAAUUAAGAGCCUUACCUGGUCUUAUUAGAACAGCAAUUAUACAACAACAUAUAGCCUAUCAAAAAUUAGUAACACCUCAGACAACUACAUCGACAACAGCAACAACGACAACGACAGCAACCUCAGCAACAACAACAACAACAACAAAUCAACAGCCUUCAUCAAAACCAGAAGAACACCAUAAACAAUGAGAUAUCCACGGCGGACUGUUUGAUCGAUCGACUGACUGACUGACUGAAUGGCAAGCUGAUUUUAUCCUCUUAUUUGACAUAUUGUCAAAUAUUUAUAUUUAUAUUAAAAUAGGGCAGAUGCACAGAUAUACACACACGCACACACACAAACAGACGAAAGAAAAACCAAAUCAUUGUAUCUGUUGUAUGUUUUUUUGAAGAAAACUCCUUUGUUUCACCUAGCUCACACGCACACACACACACAUACACACAAACACCCUGUAACAUUAUAGAAACUGUAUUCUGUAUACAUAUGUUAUGUUGAAGAGUAGCGGAGACUAGUUUGAACUUUGUUUUAUCGAUUCAAAAAUAAAUAAACACAGUUACUGUUGUUGUUUUUUUUAAUCAAUGCCUUCAAAAUCUUAAGAAGUAUCUGUAACUUCUUAUUUUCCCCCCGAAACCUUUAUUUCUUUAAAACUGUCUUUCAUUCAAUUGUCAACAGAAAAGAAAAGAUUUGUUUGUUUGUUUUAUUAAAGUAAAUUAAACUACACAAAAAACUGUGGGCUUUUUAAAAUUUCUGUCCAACACAUAUACAUAUUCAUUUAUUUUCUAGUCAACUACCAAACGAUCAAUCCAGAAAUCGAUAAAUACAUAAAUAUAUACAAUGAACAGAAAGCAGUAAUUUUUAAUACUAAAUGUAAAUUAUUACUAUUAUCAUUAUUAUCACGAUAAUACACAUAUAAUAGUUUAUUUAUAAUGCACAGAAAUCGAAUUGUUAUUACUAGUGUAGAUUAUUUAUAUAAAGUUAAACAUAUA